AUGAGAGUUCUCUAUGUAUAUGUGACGUUGCAGCUUAUAUUCUGUGGUAUUCAUCUAACCGAAAGUCACCUACAUUAUAGAAAGCACAAUGAAACCAACUUGUGUUCGUCUGUAAGAGGUGAUUCAACGGUGACUUGGAGCUACAGGAGUGAUGGAAAGAAAGAAUAUGAGGCACUGUGUGUUAGUCAAGGCUCAACGAUUACAUUCGAGUUUUCGUCUGGCCAUAACGUUGACAAACUACCAGACGAGACUGCGUAUGAUGGGUGUGAUACGACAAAUGGCAAUUUCGAGGAAAGCCCCAAAGUGUAUACAAUGAGCAGCCUCAAGACAUAUUAUUUUGCAUGUGGCAUUUACUCGCAUUGUGAAAUAGGUGGUAUGCGAAUCAAGAUACAUGUUGUUCCAGAAGUUGUGACAACGGAGGAAACUAUGACGGAUCAAACAGAUGUUAUGACAACAACUCCUAUCACAACACAGAAGCCCAUGAUGAAAAGUUAUCAACCACCCGAGAAAUGCCCAGAUGAGAUUAGAACAUGUGUGAUUGAUCCAUGUGACAAAAGGGUUCGGCCUGACUGCCCUGCUUGCCCCCGUGCUAAAUGUGUCUCCGAUUAUUGUCCUAACUGCUGGGAUCCGCUGUUCAAAUUAGGGAAGAAGAGAUAUGUUGACUGUGGCAGAGUCGAGUGUGAUGAUCCUGAAGAUUGCAAAGUGGACCCCUGUAGCAUUGUAAAGAAGCCUAAGAAGGGCCAGUGCGUAUCUAACAACUGCGGUGGAUGCAAGGCAGUGUGUUACAAUAAGAAGUGUAGGAAGGUGAAAUGCAAGAAACUUAAAAUGAAGACCACACCAACGAUGCCCUGAUUGACAAGCACCAAUUCAACAUUAUGAUCACUUUAAGAAAAUAAAGAG